AUGUUCAACUAUCUUGGUGACGAUAUGCACAUGCCAGUUGAUUUGCAACAAAUCCAGCCUCGACCUCGUAUCAGCUCAUUUACUGGCAACUUUUUGCUCAUGUCUGACGAGUCGCUCAAGUACAUCAUGUUCAAGUUUCCUAGGCUUCACCAUCUGGAUAUCAAUACCAAUCAUCAAGACCAUCAACUAGUAGCUGAUCUCAAAACCAAAGGCUUUGGGUUCUCAUCCAAGACCAUGCUGCAGUCUCUGUCCUUUGUAUUCCAGAUGAAAACAGCAAACUUCCACAACGUGUGCAUGCCAAAUGUGGUUGGCUUUCUGACCAGUUUUCUAGAUUGA